UAAAACUAAAAAAAAAAAACAAAUUUAUAGUAUUAAUUAUUUUAUGGUAAAAGUAUUUUCCAUUUAAUAGAUAAUAAUUUGUUACACAUUCGUUUAGAACUUUACUUAAUUUACAAAACAAUAAAAAUCGUUUGAAAUAUUAUAUAAAUUAGUUGACAUAAAAUAUUUUAAAACACGAUGAAAUUAUCUAAAGAAGUAUACAUGUUAAAUUUAAUAAUUUUAUCUUCUGCUUUUGUUGAAAUUAAAAAUAGAACUCAAGCAAUGGCAUAUUUGGCUGAAUUUGGUUAUUUAGAAACAGAAAUGCAAUUGCAACCACAAUUAGCACAUAAAUUAACUAAUAAAAUGUUUAAAGAAGCUUUAAUUGAGUAUCAACUUUUUGUCGAUAUAACACCAACUGGACUACUGGAUACGGAAACAUUAAAAGUUAUGAACACUCAAAGGUGUGGUUGUCAUGAUAAAUUUUAUAGAUUUAAAAAAGAAAGAUUUAAACGAUUUGAGAGGUUACCGGAUGGUUGGAGAUUAAAUGAUUUACACUAUAAAAUAUUAAACUAUCCUACAAGAGAACUUGAUAAUACACAAACGGAUAUAGAGAUUAAAAAAGCAUUUGAUCAGUGGUCUGAAGUAACACCAUUGAAAUUUACACAAAUUUAUUCAGGAACGGCACAUAUAAAUAUAGCUUUUAAAUCAAAUUUCCAUGGGGAUUUAAUGUCAUUUGAUGGUACAUUAGGAGUUUUUGCACAUACACUUACUCCUAGUAGAGGCAAUGUUCAUUUUGAUGAUUCUGAAACAUGGACAACGGGGACUAAAAGAGGUACUAAUUUAUAUCAAGUGGCUCUUCAUGAGUUUGGCCAUAUGUUAGGAUUAGAUCAUUCGAAAAUUAAAUUUUCUGUUAUGAGACCAAUUUAUCCGGGGUACAAUCCAAAUUAUAAAUUAAAAAAUGACGACAUAGAAGGAAUUCAAGAGUUGUAUGGUGAAAAUACUUCUAUGGAUAGACAAAAAAAAGUUAUUGCUAAAAGACAUACAAAUCAAGAAUAUAAUAAAUUUAAUAAAUAUCAUAAAGAUAUAUGCAAAAAUCCUAAAAUUGACACCAUACUUAUUUCUCGUGGUGGAGAAACUUAUAUAUUUAAAAGAAAUAUUUUUUGGAAGUUGACCACCAAACGAGAUUUUGAAGAUAGAUAUUUACAACUAAUUAACGAUGUAUGGAUAGGUCUACCAAACAAUAUUGACGCAGUAUUCACUUAUAAUAACCAAAAAACUUAUUUUUUCAAAGGCUCUAAAUAUUGGAGAUUUACUGAAACUUCUUUAGAUAAAGACUUUCCAAGAGAAAUUGCUUUCGGUUUUGCUGGUAUACCUAAUAAUAUUGACAGUGCAAUGAAUUUGAACGAUAAGAUUUAUUUUUUUAAAGGUGAAAAAUAUUGGGUAUACCACCCAACUAAAAAUCCUCCCGUAUCCAGUGAAUAUCCUAGAUCUCUGAGGGACUGGAAUGGUGUGCCAUCAAAUAUAGAUGCUGUUUUUAGUUUUAACAAUAGUAAUAUUACAUUCGUAAAAGAUGAUUCAUAUUACACAUUUAAAACUUCAACAUUUUUGGUCGAAAACUCUAAUAUUUCAUCUACUAGAAGCAUAAAUAAGGACUGGUUUUAUUGUUGAGAGUAAACUUACAAAAUGUGUAUUAUUGUUAGUUAAGAAUUGUAUUAUUUAGAAGCUAAUCUUCAUUCAAAUACUCGUGUCUUACUACUAACUAUACUACCAGCACAUAUAUUCAAUGUUUAAAUAUUAUAUAUAAGAUUGUAUAUACCGACAAAAAAUAUUUAUUAUUAACAGUUGUGUACUUUGAUUUAAUAAAAAAAAUGAUUUUUCUAGUGUAC